UUACCAUGAUUUGAUUUCUUUGCAGAACAAGUCAAACUCCUGGUCCACGAGGUACAAACUUUUGUCGUGCAUGAAUUUAUUAACAACGUGACAAAUCCAGAAGUACCUCAAUUGCUGUCAAAUGAUUUUGUCAACCGAAYGUUSAACACUAUUAAAGCAGCUCUUAUCCCAGAUCAAGUUAUUGCCAACACAAGUGCAAAUUCCACCACUGCACUAGCGAUCUUUAUCCCGCAAGAUAAUGCUGUCAAUGUUCGGCGCUACCUUUUUUAUGUCCUUUUCUUUGUGCUCUUUGUUGAUCUGGGCUUUAUGGUUUACCGACACUGUUGCCGACGACGACAACAGCCACAACCUGUUUAUCAAGAAGAAGAAAUUAUAGUCAACGGACGAUUUCGACGGAUAAGAAGAGAGAGCAACCAGAUACCACGAGAAGAGAAAGAAGAGCAAAUGGAAGGGGUCAUUUUGCGCCGAGACAUGGCUAAUGGGAGGCCUUAUUGGGUUAGAAGGAUGGAAAACCAGAUACCACGAGAAGAGAAAGAAGAGAAAGGAGAAGGGYUGAUUAUGCUCCGAGUUGAAAUUGAUGGAACACCUCGCUGGAUAAGAACAAACAGCUUCCAAUCCAGCCAAAGAGAGGCGAGGUUGGCAGAGGCGCGUGCACGGAGAGCAGAAAAUGGGGUGGCAGAGGAAAGACCGGCAAUUGCAAUGGUACAGAGGGCAUUGGCAAUGCAGAGGGCAGUUGCGCAAAGAGCAAUGGCACAGGGGGCAAGGGCACAGGGGGCAAGGGCACAGGGGGCAAGGGCACAGGGGGCAAGGGCACAAAGAGCAAUGGCACAGGGGGCAGUUGCACAGAGGGCAAGGGCACAGAGAGCUCAGGAACCGGUGGCAGACGAAAGACCGGCAAUUCGACCAGUGGCAGAGGCACGUGCACAGAGAGCAGAGGAAAGGAUGGCAGAAGAAAGGGAGGCGUAA